UGCUCUCAGUGUAGCAGUCACUCUACUCAGAUUGUGAGCUCUUUGGGGUAGGGACCAUCUUUUUUGUGCUGUGUUUGUACAGCACUUAGCACAAUGGGAUCCUGGUCCAUGACUAGGGCUCCUAAGUGCUAUCCCAAUAAUAAUAAUGGUGCACUUUAGGAGCAUGGUGCACUUUAGGAAGUUAGUAUGUUCUCUUUCAUUUGAACUGCAGAUUUUUGGGGGGGAUGGCAGGGAAAAGAUGCUGAAAUGUUCCAUUAAAAGAAGUUAAUGAAUGAAUUCACAUUAGAAUCUUGAUUGGUAACAUAUCAUUAGAUCUAAAAGGAUAUUAGACUUACUUCAACUCUUUGCUCUGGAGAAAAGUAGGGUGCUUUGUAUUAAAACGUUUGCUAAUCCCCCAGAAAGCAGGGGCAUUCCUCUCCUUUAUCCUAGCCAUUUCUGAUCAGAACUUCUCUUUUUUUUAAAUUUAUUACCUCAUUAACACUUGUGAACAAAGGAGCCGAAUACAUAAGGAGAAGUUUGGGGUUCCAUAUUCAAUGAGCUGAUGGCACGUCUCACAUUCCUGUAAAGUUCUUCGAUCACGUCUGAUGCCUUCUUGGUGGCAAAUCUGUGACAGCAGCCUGGAAAGGAAACUAUUCCAGGGGCCUGGAUGUGAGAAGAGGAAAAGCUUAAUAUGUAAGUUUUGGACAUUUAUACAAAAUUGGAAUAAACAUCAAGAUCUGAACACUAACUAACCAGGCUGCCAGGUGGGAGAGCCCUCAGGCGUCUAAAUCCAGCUUGGAAUGUGGCAUAGGAGAAAGUCUACAGUAAAGAUUCACUGUAACUUAAGGUAAAAGGAAAAAGUCAGUACUUCAGAUUUCCACCUGAAUCUGAAAGGGCAUCUUGAGUUCAACAUCCAGAGUCAAAUUCAGAUGUCUGCCUUGUGAACAUUUUUUGGAGAUUAAACAUGGCUGUCUUCAUUGUUUUAUUAACUUUGCUACAAGUUUCAAGUGCCGUAUUUGGACCAAGGCUUUUGACAGGUGAGGUUGGAGGAUCCAUCACUAUCGAAUGCUUCUAUCCACCCACUAAAGCCAACAGACAUGACAGAAAAUAUUGGUGUAAAAUGUCAGGAGCCAGAAGAGUUUGCAACACCAUCAUUUCUACCAGCUAUUUCAUCUCUAAAGACUACAAAGACAGAGCAUCCAUCACCGACUUCCCUAAGAAUGGCACGUUCACAGUACAAAUGACACAGCUGCAGCGGAAUGACACUGGGGCUUACAGAUGUGGCAUCGGCAGCAACAACAAAGCCUUAUUCGUCAGCAUGAAUCUAACAGUUUUGGAAGGUACAGUAGCCAGGGAUCUUCACAACAGGCUGAUUGCAAAAGAUCCUAAUGUACCUAAAUCACCAGAGCUUGUGCUUGGGGAGCUCAGAGGGUCAGUGACAAUACAAUGCCAACCUGAAAACGUCAAAGGCGGUCGAAAGAAAUUCUGGUGCAAACUGGGAAAAACUGGCUGUUCUGUCAUAGCGGACUCUGAUGGUUAUGUGGCCAGGAAUUACGAGGGAAGGAUCUCUAUUACCCCUGAAGAAAGCUCUGGUACUUUCAAAAUCUUGAUAAACAGACUAAAAAAAGAGGAUUCUGGACUGUAUAAGUGUGGGAUGGCCAUGCUUGAUGACUCUGGAAAUGCAAGAACCAUAGAUCUACAAGUGACUGAAGAGUCAACUGUUCCCAGGGAACCCAGGCUCCUGAAUGGACCUGAAGGAGGCUUGGUGUCUGCCAAGUGCCACUACGAUCCACAACAGAAUUAUGAAAUGAAAUACUGGUGCAGCUGGAAGGAAGCAGGGUGCUCCCUUGUGGCGGAUACCAGUGGAUUUGUACAAGAAGCAUUUGAAGGAAGAAUUCGGAUAAUCAGUGAUAACCAGGAAAAUGGGACUUUCACAGUAGUGAUGAGCCAUCUGGAAGAAAAGGAUGCAGGAUGGUACUGGUGUGGGGCUAAAGAUGGAGACACAGAGCAAACAUCCUCCAUGAAGUUACACGUUCAAAAAGCGCCAGUACCAUCUGCAUCUGUGAACCCAGUAUCAGCAACGUUUGCUCUCCACAGCAUCCCCAGUCAUGUAAAUGUCAUAAAUCAGACAUAUCCCUUAAGCAGAGUCAUGGAGGGAAUAUUGGAAAAAACCACCCCUGAAGAGAGAUUUGUAACCUUUAGCAAUGCAGUCUAUGACAGCAUCCCCAGUCAUGUAAAUGUCAUAAAUCAGACAUAUCCCGUGAGCAGUGUCACAGAGGGAAUACUGGAAAAAACAACCCCUGAAGGCAGAUUUGUAACCUUUAGCAAUGCAGUCUAUGACAGGAUCCCCAGUCAUGUAAAUGUCAUAAAUCAGACAUAUCCUGUGAGCAGUGUCACGGAGGGAAUAUUGGAAAAAACCACCCCUGAAGAGAGAUUUGUAACCUUUAGCAAUGCAGUCAAUGACAGCAUCCCCAGUCAUGUAAAUAUCAUAAAUCAGACAUAUCCCAUGAGCAGUGUCACGGAGGGAAUAUUGGAAAAAACAACCCCUGAAGGCAGAUUUGUAACCUUUAGCAAUGCAGUCUAUGACAGCUCAUCAACAAGUGAACUGCAACUGCUUCCAUUUGUGAUACCAGCCCUCAUUGUGCUCCUGCUUCUUUUUGCUAUUAUUAUUCUUAUAUUUAUUAAAGUCAAGCUUCAAAAGAAGAAGGAAAUGAACAGAAGUUCUGUGAGAAACCUUGAAGCAACAGAAACCUUGAGUGAUAUAAAGUAUUUAGAAGAGCAAAUGAUGGAGGAAAACAUGGAUCCAGCAAAGCAAUGUGAACCUAAACUAGGCCAUGACAAAGAACAUUCUUCACGACUUGUGAAAGAUCCAGGUGGCCCAGAUGAAAUCUCUAAGUUUGUCGGAUCCAACGGGAAAUGUUCUCCCAAUUACAUCUGCCAACUACACACAAUGAAAGUUAAAGUGACCAGACUAACAGAGAAAAGAAGUCACUCAAAUAGUCUGCAGAACCAACAAUUUCAGGAGAGGUUGGGGAACCAGGCAUUUGAAAGGAAAAUGACUUUCUUGGUGUUCAUCAUCUUGCUCUCUUUCUUCCAAGCUGAGUCUGCAAGAAUUUCAAGUUCAAGCCCCAUCUUUGGACCGAGGCAGGUGACUGGUUUGUUGGGAGGAUCAGUUACUGUGAAAUGCUUCUACCCUCGCACCAGUGUGAACCGCCACGACAGAAAAUACUGGUGCAAGGAAUCAACAAGGCAAUGUGUGACCGUCAUUUCUUCCAGUGGCUACAUUGCUCAAGACUUCGCUGGCAGAGCAACAAUCACAGACUUCCCAGAGCAAGGCAUCUUCACCAUUGAGAUCUCAAAGCUAGUGGAAAAGGACAUCAGCUUUUAUAAAUGUGGCAUUGGUCUCAAUGAUAAAGGACUUUCGUUCAGAGUCAAGCUGGAUGUUUCCAAGGGUCCAAAAGUGCCUGAAGAAGCCGAACUCUAUUACGUUGAGCUGGGAGGUUUUGUGACCAUCAACUGCGUGUUUGGCACGGAAUAUGGCAGUGAGAGGAAGUACAUGUGCAGAAUGGGGAAAACUGGCUGCUCUACUGUCAUCGACACCUACGGGAACGUUAACGAAAACUACAAAGGGAGAGUUUUGCUGAGCCCUCAGGAGCUUGCUGGGUCAUUCAGCCUCUAUAUGACCCAGCUGAGGAAGGAAGAUUCAGGUGUAUAUUUGUGUGGGGCUGGGACUUACGGAGAGAAAGGAGAAUCCAAGGAACUGGAUGUGCAUGUCUACCAAGAGACAUCAGUCCCCCAAGGUCGACGCGUAAUAAAUGGAGUCAUAGGUGGUUCAGUAUCUGUCGAAUGCCACUAUGAUCCACGAGGGAAUUACACACUCAAGUACUGGUGCAAAUGGAGGAAGAAUGGGUGCAAUGAGUUAAUAUACAAUAAUGUUGAGAGUGUGAUCGAUUCAUAUGAAGGAAGGAUAAUCCUGCAUGAUAACCCGGAAAAUGGAACAUUCACAGUAAUAAUGAACCAGCUGAUAGCAACGGAUGCAGGAUAUUACUGGUGUGUGACGGAUGGAGAUAUGGAAAGGAAAUCUACAAAGGAGCUGAAAAUUAUAGAAGGGCAACCUGGUUUAACAGGACCGAAAGAGAUUGAUGCAGUCAUUGGUACAAAGGUCACUAUACCAUGCUCUUAUCCAUGCAAAUAUUAUUCUUACCAGAAAUACUGGUGCAAGUGGAGUAAUACUGGCUGCCAAACUCUCAUCUCCUCUGAGCAAAACCAAACCGGCCUGGUUGUGAACUGUGACAAGGAGAAGAGGACACUCUACCUAAUUUUUGACCAAGUAAUACAGACAGACCAAGGGUGGUAUUGGUGUGGAGUGAGCAAUUCUGGUCACUAUGGGGAAACCAUGGCAGUGUACCUGACAGUAACUGGAGUCUCUCCCAAUGCAAAAUCUGAAGAUGCUGCUGUUUCCAACACAGGCUCUGAAAAUAGUAUUAAUUCCCAAAACAGAGCCGGGGUCCUGGAUGACAACUCUUCACCCAGCUCUCAGGAACAUGACAGCUCUAAGGUGAUUCUCUCAGUCCUGCUCCCCAUUGCUGCUGUGUGUCUGCUCCUUGCUACAGUCUUUGUGGUUGUUAAAUUUAGGCUCCUGAAGCGCACAGAUUUAGUUUCGGUUGGAAGCUAUAGAACAAAUAUUAGCAUGUCAGAAUUUGAGAAUUCUGCAGAUUAUGGAGCGAAGGACAAUGUGGGCGUAAAUGAUGCUCAGGAGACCCAGAUAGGAGGAGUGGAUGAAUUUAUAACUACCCCUGGCAAUGCUGAAAGUGCAGAAGAACCACCGAAGGUGAAAAGGGGUUCCAAGGAGGAGGCUGAUCUUGCUUACACCACAUUCCUGCUUCAAGCGAACAAAGUAGCCCAAGGACAGGCUUAGCAAGUUCCUCGACUGUCCCAGUACAAUUGCUUCUGAAGAUGGUACAAGCAAAAAGCAAUAAUGAUUGAAAAGGAUCCUGUGUUCUGAAUCAGUGAACAACAGAUUUGCAAGUUGCGCUAUUUCUUAUUGUCAAACAUUUUGCUGCAUCUAGAUCUUUCAGUUCCUCAAAGAUUUGUAAUGAGGUUGUGAGCGGUGAUAUAAGAACAAUUUUCUGAUCGAAAAUAAGUUGCCUUGGGGAAAUUGAACCCUCAGAAGUUUGAUUUUUUACCCCCUUUUUUUAGGGCAAAGGAUCUCAUUUCAAGCAGAUUUGAGGUGAAAUAGAAAUAAAGCUCUAAUGCCUUUGCUUUCCUGCAGGCUGAGCUCACACCUUUUAGAGUUCACCAAGCCCCAAAGAUGGCAAUGACCUAAGGAUACAUUUAAGAUUCACAUCUCAUUUGAUUUUAAAGCACCAGGAAAUAUUUUAGAACAAUGUGAAUCUCUCUUUUGAUUCCUGUGAGCUUUUUAAUCUAUAAGGCAGUACCUGUAGGCCGGACAAGUAGCCUGGAAUUGUUUUUUCUUCACAAACAAUAAAGAAUGUGAUUGUAUUUUA